GGACGUCCAUGAUACACACGAACAAUAUCUAUUGCUUGCAAAAUAAAUAGAAAUUUUUGGUAUAGUGUUUGCAUUUGGUGAAUGAAUUGUGUACGUUUGGUGCAUUAAUUGAUGAACAAUUAUUUGGACAAUAAAGACAAUCGUCGAUUGUGAAUUAAGUGUGAAAAAAAAACUGUAAAUUGUGUGUAACAUUUAAAAAACGAAAAUUUCCAAUAAAAGUCCGCCAGUCUGUUUCAUUGCAAAUCAAUUUAAGUGUAUCUAUGCUUCGUCCGUUUUUUGAAUUUGUGUAUUUUGUUUGAAUAGUUCAUUAGUUAUAUUAUUGACCAACAUUGAUGCUGUUUUAAUUUAAAUCAGUCGAUUCAUAUGCAAUCGCUAAAACAUUGACAUUGUAUGGAAGAAAAUCGACCAUAAACAAGAAAAAAAAGUUCUUUGAAUCAAAUCAAAUCAAAUAAAAUAAGAAACGGCAGCAACGGCAUCAACAUCAAGCAGCAGCAGCAGCAGCAGCAGCAGCAGCAGCAGCAGCAGCACAGCGGCGGUGGUGUAUGCUUGUGUGUAUAUAUUUUAUACAGAUGUACAAUAAAUUGCUGUGCGUACACAAAUGUGCUUGUGUGUAUAAGUGUAUGUGUGCAGUUGUGUGUGUUGAAGCAGCAAGCGAGAGCUAAUCUCUCAGUGUAAUAAAGAAAAGGAAGGAAAAAAAAACAACAACAACAAUAACAAAUUUCGAACACUUUAUUUGCGUGUACGUGAGAAUAACGACGAGGGAGUGCACUUCUUUCUAAAUGAUUUAUUGUGACAGAAAGUGAGCGAAACAUCUGUAAACACGGAUAACCUACGUGCUUUGGACUAAUGGCAGCCAACCCUCCAGUUGAAAUAGGAGUAGGUCCCGACCAACAGGCUGUUCUUCCCGAUUAUACGCCAAUCCAAAAUUAUGGAGAUGCCGGUGAUCGAGAAUUAGAAGAAACACGAUGGAGUCCCGGAAUUGUACUCGACACAGAUUUAUUAAUGUACUUACGAGCUGCACGUUCAAUGGCUGCAUUUCAAGGUUUAUGUGAUGGUGGUUCACCAGAAGACGGUUGCUUAGCUGCAAGCAGAGACGAUACAACAAUUAAUGCACUAGAUGUGUUGCAUGAUUCAAGAUAUGAUCCAGGCAAAGCACUCCAAGCACUUGUUAAAUGCCCUGUACCAAAAGGAAUCGACAAGAAAUGGACUGAAGACGAAACAAAGAAAUUUAUUAAAGGAUUACGACAGUUCGGAAAGAAUUUCUUCCGAAUUCAUACAGACUUAUUACCGCACAAAGAAACUCCGGAAUUGGUGGAAUUCUACUAUUUGUGGAAAAAGACACCGGGAGCAAAUAAUAAUCGACCACAUCGCCGACGAAGGAUCGGCUCAUUACGUCGUAUACGAGUUACAAGAAACAGCAGCAACACGCCGCCAAACAAGAAAGAAGAAACUCCAGAGCCAACGGCCACGGAGGAUAAUAGCUCACUGACAGAAGACGAUGCCAGUGAAUGCGAUAGCGAUUCAAGUAUAACCAAUAAACGAUCAAACACAGCAAAUAGUGAAUUGACCGGAGACGAAUCGCCAUCCAGGAUGAGAACGCGAAACAAACCAGCAAAAGAAUCAAAUAACAAACGGCCAAAGCGUGGCGGUGAUACGCCAGAUGCUAGUGCUACAAAUGAAAAUGCAAAAACACCAAAUAAAACCGAUCGACGCAAGUCGUCAAAGGAAACGCCUACAAAGGGAAAGAAACGUACAAAUAUCGACCUCGAUGCGGAUAACGAUGGUUCGGACGAGAAAGAAAAGAGAAAACGAACUGAGAGUCCAACCGAAAGUUUGAAUUCGGACAGUCGACCUGGUUCGGUGCUGGAUGAACAAGAGAAUACCAGCGAUCCACCAGACACUCCGAUGGCAGAUGCUGAACGAAAAGAUACAGACACAAAAGUGACUGAACCAACAUCAACUGACGAAUCCAGCACGAAUGUUACACCAAAGGAGGAAAAACCAAGCACCACUUUGCCAAGCAGCAUUGAUAAAUUGGAACCAAAUACCGAUAGCAAAGAGAAAGACACAUCGAACGAGAAGCCACGAACAAUUUCGAGUGAAGACUCAAGUAGUAAUUCGGUCGAUGAGAAGAGCGAUGCAACGGCAAUAUCGAACAUUAGCCCAAUUGCGAAAGGAAAUGAAUCGCCGGCACCGGUUUCCAAAGCGACAAACAGUAGUACAGCUACACCAACAGUCACAAAUACAAUUACCAGCACUAGCUCAACUGUAACAUCAUCGAUAUCAACAUCGACCAUUACAAGUUCAGCUGUUGCAUCAGCCGUUGUUGAUCUCAAGCCAAUCGAAAAGAUUGAAAAUGCACCAGAUGCUUCAUUCACGCCAAAGAAUGAACAAGAAAUGAUUUCAACCAUUGCAAACAUCAAAAAAGAAUCAAAUGCACCGCCGGCAAUGGUGGAAAAUAGCAAUGAAUACGCUGGCAAAAAGAUGACCGCACUGGUCAUUAAAAAGGAACCCGGCCAAGAUGAAUCGAACGAAAAUAGCAGCAAUAGUAGUACAGCUGUUGAUCGAAAAGAUACAAAUGCCGAAGCAGCCAACGAAAUUAAAAUGGCAAAUGAAAUCAAAACGGAAAGUAAAUGUGGCUUGGAUUUAACCGAUACAAAUAGCAAACAUGAGGAUGCAUCUAGAUCAGCCUUUGAGCCACAUAUCAAAUUCAAUGCAGCUAAUAAAAUGCCACCGAUUGAAGGGCCACAUAUUAAAUUCAAUUCAGACAUGAUCAAACCAACGGAACCAAUUAAAUUUGGACAAGAAUCACCGCUCGCUGUUAAAUAUCCACCAUCAAUGGCCGCCGAUCUUAGUCAAAAAUAUGACACAAAAUUGUUCAGCGAUCAAUCGAAUAAUAAAUUCAAUGAAAAUGAAACAAAAGACAAAACAGCAAAUGCUGAAGCUAUUAAUCCGGCAGUUAAAUAUCCAAUUCCAAAUGAUCAAAUCAAGAAUGAAAAUGUGGAAAAUGUAUCAUUCAAACGACUACCAUACACCGAACCGUAUCAACAUAUGCGUUCUCCAUACGAACCGUCGAUGCUUAAAUAUCCACCGGGCGUACCGGGCGCACCAAUAAUGCCGCCAUCACUUCCGCAAGAUUUGAAAUAUACACCACCAGCAAUCGAUAUGAAGUAUAAACCACCAGAAAAUCUAUCGAAAACACAAUUUUCGGCCGAUAACUUGGUGAAAGGAGAAUCAAACGAUCGAUUGCCAUACGGGCCACCUGGCAAGUAUCCACCACCACCAACAUCGGACAGUGGCGCUGAUACCAAACCGAAUGUGGAAGGUUUAAUGUCACAUUUACCACCGCAUACGAGCACCAUUCCAAUGCUCAUUGGACCGAGCGGAUUGCCGGCGCAUCCAUUACCAUUAAGUCAUCUACCUCCAAAUCAUCCAUCAUUAGUUUCGUCACCACAAACAGCAACAGUGCCUCCAAAUACUUCAUCGUCGAUUCAAGUACAACCAUUAAAUUUGCUGGGUUCAACAGCCAGUUUAAUGCCUCCUCACAGUACGUCUUCUGUUGUACAUCCAACGCUACAUCGUCCACCAGUAGAAACACCAGGUGGAUUACAUCAUCAAUAUCCUGGUAGUGGGGCAUUUUCAUCAGCAAUACCGCAAUCAUCUGGCAAUAGCCAGAUUCCAUCGCCUGCGCUAAGUUUGUCACGUGGAGAACACGAUCGACUUUCUCUUCCAUUGCAUCUUCCUCCUAAUAUGAGCACAACACCAAUUCAAUUGUUACCUCCGCCGCAUGCAAGCCAUUUAGGACCUCCAUUGUUACCAACAAUGCCUGGCUCAUCAUUGGUUAGCGCAUCAAGCAUUAGCUCACCUUCAACUGGUAUGCCAACGAUUGAUGGUAGACGAUCACCAACAAGCCCAUCGCCUGCAUUGAGUUUGUCGGCUAGAUCAUCUGUACCACAAUCUCAGGCACCACAAAAGAUACCAUCUUCUAUGGAUAAACCGAAUACUAGUUCAGCAUUUAGUCGAACGAGUCCGAAUGUACAAUUUACGCAUCCAUCGUCACAUCGACCAGCAUCGCCGUCACAAUCGCAGACUAGCUUGACCAGAGCCAGUCCGUUGCAUUUAUCGCAUCAUUCGUCAUCAUCGGCUUUAUCUGGUGCUUCAACGCCAAACACGGGUAUUUUCAAACGACAGUCACACAUGACACCACCUCCAACUUCUUCGUCGCCACUUUUCACGGAUAAAAGUCCGUUGAAUAAAAUCUAUCCACAAACGCCGACAUCACAGUCAACACCGCAACCACCACAACAGGCGACACCUCAACCGCGAAGUGGUCCAUCGCCACCAGUGUUGCGUCAUCCUCAACCAAUGCCAUUGCCAUUGAUUGGUCAGAGUCCAAUUCCAUCGCCAAUGCUGUUGUUCCCCGACUCUCCAUAUUCACCCAACAGAUAUCCACCGUAUCUGUUUUAUUCGCAGAGUCCAUUUAAUUCACCGUAUCCAUAUCAUCCGUACGGACCGGCACCGUUCCAGUACAUGAAACCGCCAACAGCCGGACCUGGUCUCGAUCCAUCGGUUAUGCAUCAUCAAGGUCAAGCAACACGGCACGAAGAUCCAUCGCCACAUCCAGAUAAACAAGCUGCUAAUCUUCUGCAAAUGAAGGAUAAAAUGAAACCACCAACACCAAAGACCACUCAAAGCAGUUCAAAUCCGGCGAGCACUUCGUUCAGUGGUCCACAUCAUCAAUAUCCGCAUCCACCUCAUUCAGCAUUUGGUGAGAGCCCAAUUCCAUUGCCACCUGGAAGCAAAAGUCACAUGGAAGCACUGCGUGCACAUGCACAUUCAGCCAGCAGCGGAAUUCGACAACCAUCAUCAAGUGAACCAGUUCACAUUGAUGUUGAACCAGAUCCAGAACCGGAAAUUCCAAGUCCAACUCACAAUAUUCCACGUGGCCCAAGUCCAGAGGCAAAACCAGACGAUACCGAAUGUCAUCGAUCUCAAUCUGCCAUCUUUGUGAGACGUUGUGAUCGUGGCGAUUAUAAUUCAUGUACUCGAACCGAUUUGGAAUUUAAGCCAGUUGCCGAUUCAAAAUUGGCACGUAAACGUGAAGAACGUGACCGUAAACUGGCCGAAAAGGAACGCGAAAGAAGGCAACAACAACAAGCUCAACAGGCCGCACAGCAACAGCAACAACAACAGCAGCAACAAGCGGCUGCCGCACAUCAACAACAGCAACAACAACAACAACAACAGCAACAAGCAGCCGCUGCUCAACAAGCAAAAAUCAAAGCCGAAAUUAAACCAUUUGAUACACCGGCAAUGCGGCAACUAUCUGAGUAUGCUCGACCACAUGUUGCUUUCAGCCCCGUAGAUUCGAUGGUGCCACCUUACCAUCAUCCAAUGGGACCAAUGUAUGCACGUGAAAGGGAACUAGAAGACUUGAAAAAUGCUCAGGCACAAGCACAAGCACAAGCACAAGCACAAGCACAGGCACAAGCGGCUCAAGCGCAUGCUAUCACGUCUUCCAGACUUGAUUCGCAAUACAUGGAAUUGUAUCGAAUGAGAGGUUUGCAUCCAUCUCAAUAUCCGUUGUACACAAAUCCGGCGGCUGCAGCUGCUAUGUCACAACUUGAACGUGAACGAUUAGGCAUUCCGCCACAUCAUAUCGGCCUCGACCCAAGCGAUCCAAUGCAACCACCUGAUGCUGCUGGAUUCCAACUUCCACCCAAUAUGUCACCUUAUCCGAGACCGAAUAUGUUAUUGCCGCGAGAUCAUCCCGAUGUUUUACUGAGAAUGAGCUAUGCUGAUCAAUUGCAGGCACAGGCUGAACUUCAACGUCAGUCAAUUGAUCGAGCACAUGUAUUAAAUGAGCAGUAUUACAGACAUCACGAAAUGAAAGUUAGAGCUAUGGAGGAGGCAUCACGUGGAAAGCAUUAAAUUUAGACACACUGAAGUGACAAAAAAGAAUAUUAUUUGAAUUCAAAAAAAUACACAGAGAGAGAGAGAGACAGACAGACAGACACGAAAAUUGAGUUCAAAAAUGAUAAAGAUGAGAAAUGAAUAAAGUGAGCGCGUGCAAAAUGAAAUAUGUUUGAAAAUCAAUAAUUUUGGUAUAUUGUUAAUGUAGAACUUUGUGCAUGUGCGACGCCAACGGCAAAACACAUACACGUGGUUUUUAUUUUAAAACAACAAAAUGUUGAACAUUUUUCUAAUUUGCAAAAUUAUUUGAAGCUAUAAUGAUUUCAUAAGUUCGGUGUGAGAGAGUAAAAAUUAGACAGCUGCAAUACUGAAAUGUGAAAGAUAGAUGAAAAUGAAAACCUUAACAAUGAGAAUGGGACCUUUUUUUUAAAUUCCUAAUUAAAAUUAAUUGAUUAAAGGUAUCAAUGAUUUUGAUAAAAAAAGAUAAUUUUUUUUUUCUUUAAUAAAAAAAAAAACAAACGAAAAAUUUGAGGGAAAUCGCAACUAUGCUUCGAAUGCCCAACGAAUUGGUUUCACUUCAAGCAUGAAUUCAUUUAUUUUAAUUUAUAAAUUUGGUAAACAAAAAUUAAUCGCAAAAUGUAAAAGAAUUCAUUUCAUUUAACGAAUCUACUGGAGAUGGUUAUUUGUCCGAACGAAAUUUUCAAAUUAAAUAUCUGAAUUGAGAGGAUCAAAGCAUAUACAAAACAAACUAACUAAAUAAAUUAGAAAUUUUGAGAUAAAAGUGGCGCUCUCUUUUUCAAUUUGAGAAUGUCAAACUAUACAAAUUAAAUCAACUAUGUAUUAUAGUGAUAAUCAUUGCAUAGGCUAGUUGAUAUGAAUUAAUGUAAUUUGUAGUAAAUACAUUUUGCGAGUUAAAAAGAAGAAUAAACAAGUUAAUCAAUGUUGAAUCAAGAACAACAACAAAAAUACGACAAAAAUUGUGGAGAUUUCUUUUUUAUGAAUGAAUUAAAUUGGAAGGUGUUAAGAGACUUCAACAGCUUUAAACUAAAUGAACUGAAUAUGGUAUUGAUUUGAGGCCAAAGCAAAAAGUUUGUUGAAUGUUAUAUAGUGAAGAGUGCAAACAGCAUUUAGGGAAUUGCAAAAAUAAAUAACAACAAAGAAUAAGUUCACGCGCAUCCAAAUGCAUUCGAAUAAAAAGAAAAAUAGUGAUACAAACGAGAGAUGCAAUUAGAACAACAGUUUCAUGAUAAGCAAUUAGUGAAAAUUCAUUCAGUGGCAGCACAUUCAUUAAAACAUGAACAUUUUUUUGUUUCUUCUUCUUCAUUUCACAACGCACAAUGUUGUAUCGGAUUUACCUAUGUUUCAUUCACAUGAAUUUACAUCCCACGAUACACUUUGCACAAGAAAUAUUUCGCAGCGAAGGAAUUGAGCAUGAUGAUUCUUUUUACAAGAUAUAUAUAUAUAUAUAUAGCAAGUAUGCUGCCACUGAAAAUCGAUUGGGCAUUUUGCUCAAAGCAAUUAUUAGAAACUGUAGCUAAUACUACUGCCGUGAAUGUAUUUAGAAAUGAGAAAAAAAAAUUAAAAAAAACCAAGAAAAUUAAAUCAGUAUUAAAAUGACAUUUGGAUAAGGGUUACUGUAGCUUAAAUAACACGUUUGAAUUGUAGUUGAUCACAAUAAAACGUAUUGAUUUGCAAACAGGAUAACGAUUAAGGAAUGAGUGUCUCUCACAUAUUUCCGAUUGAAAGACAUUUAAAACGAAAACAUGUAUUUAAACAAAAUAAAACAAAACAAAAAAAAA